GAUGGCGGCGGUGCUCCCAUCUCCUAGCCCCGGUACCGGGCACGGUACGAGAACCAGCCCGCUGAAAGCACUAGGAGAACAGUUCUACAAGGAAGCCAUUGAACAUUGCCGGAAUUACAAUGCCCGGCUGUGUGCAGAACGCAGUGUCCGCCUGCCAUUCCUGGACUCUCAGACUGGUGUCGCACAAAAUAAUUGCUACAUUUGGAUGGAAAAGAGGCAUAGAGGCCCAGGGGUGGCACCAGGGCAGUUGUACACUUACCCUGCACGCUGCUGGCGAAAGAAGAGACGCCUGCAUCCCCCUGAAGACCCCAGGCUGAGACUAUGUGAAAUCAAGUUUGAAGGAGAAAUCUUGAAAAAGGAUGGUGUGUCAGCUGAAGGAACAACAUUGGAAGCUCUGCUUCGUGGGGAGGCACUGGAGAAAAGAAAUGACUCAAAAGAUGAUGAAGCCUACAGUGAAAUUCAGAGAGUUUUAGACAAUGAGGAAAACAUAGAAGAUUUGGAAGAAGACGACUUGGAAGAUGAUAUUCCAAAAAGGAAAAAUAAACCCAGAGGACGGACACGUGGUGUUGGUGGCAGAAAAAGAACUGAUUCCACUGCCCAGGAAGACCAUGAUAAACCAUAUGUGUGUGACAUCUGCGGCAAGCGAUACAAGAACCGUCCUGGUCUUAGUUAUCAUUAUGCUCAUACCCAUUUAGCUGAUGAGGAAGGAGAUGAUGACAGAGAUUCGGAGCCUCAUUCGCCACCAGUCCUGAGAAGUGAAGGUCACAAACCUCGGAAAGGUCCAGAUGGGGUGGUAAUUUCCAAUAAUUACUGUGACUUCUGUCUUGGUGGGUCAAAUAUGAACAAGAAAACAGGCAGGGCUGAAGAGCUGGUCUCAUGCUCAGACUGUGGGCGCUCCGCUUAUUUGGGACAAGGAGCCAUAAAGGAUCUGGACUUGCGAAAUGCAGAGGAUUUGUUUGGUGCAUCGUCUGAAAGUGACACUUCCACAUUUCAUGGCUUUGAUGACGACGAUAUCGAUGAACUGCUAUCAAACAAAAGUGUUCAUUCACCUGCUAGUAAAGAUGCAGAUAACAAGUGCAGCAGCUAAAUACGUGAUUGUGGGAAAUACCUGCUAGCACACACAAAAAAAACACAAUCGGGCGAGAUUAAAUGAAUGACCUUGACAACAAAGAAGGCUUGUUUAGCCAAAAAGCUCCUGCUGAAUUCUAGACCUGUUUUCAUGUGAAACUGGGCUGUUGAAAAUGAGCAGAGUCGAUGCUUUUGUUUGUUCAUCAGUAAAGAAGAGAAUCUCUAACUCUGAAGAUGAUCAGGAUUUCUUUUGGCUCGUGAUUUGUGUGUUUUUGUUUAAAACAAAUAAGACAGACAUUUGACUGAUCUCCCUACAUUACUGAGUGAAUGGGGGACACAGGGAUCUGAUGUACUGUGGGCGAUACCAAUGAGCUAAAUGGACUUGCCCUUACAAAGUGCAAUCAAUGGCUUUAAGUCAACUAGCUCCCUCCCUUCAGCAGGCAAAGUUGUCUUGACCUACUUUUGCCGUGCAUAUUACAUCGAAGCUCCUGGCAAGUGGAAACGUGGUCUCCAGGCUCCACUUUACACCUCUUGCACCUGCAGUUCCAAACUUUUGUGGCAAUUAAGUUCACUGUGAUACACUGAAGGAAG